GUGAUUUGGAUUGCCUGUUCCGAUCACCGCAUCCCUGUUUUGCGAUGGCACCUACUUGCUGUAUCGUCAAAGGCUGUCAUACCAAGAGCGGGGGUGACGUUUGCAUGCACAGUUUUCCGAAUGACCCAGCGCAGAGGCAAAUGUGGGUAGAUUUUGUGCGUCGCGAUCGCAACUGGGACUGGACGCCAGCCAAGCGAAGCCGGAUUUGCUCGCUGCACUUCGGACCCGACUGCUACCGGGCCGGAAACCAUCGCUACCUCCUUGAGUUCGGCAUAGAGCUGUCAAAGAAGCAAUAUCUUGAGCCAGAAGCUGUGCCCACGCUGUACGUUGCUUCAGCAAAGCAUCGCGAUGCAAGUCCCGCAUCAGAGCCUACAUGCAAGCGUCUCUGCUGCGAGGUGCGUAUGCCUGUUGUUUCGGGCCGCGCGGGUUGCAAUGCGCGUGAAAUUUCUGUCGCACGUGUCACGAUACUUACAGUAAAAUGUAUCUCUCAAUAUAUAUUGCAGGAAUCUCGUGUCAGUGGGACUUCGUGCGAGAGUCCUUACGAACCACCGAUCGUCGACGAAACAUCGCAGUUCUCAAGCCCAGAUUCACAAGUUCCUUCCGACAGUGACAGUGUGAUCGCUAUGCACAUGGCAGCUUCCCCACAGUGCAAUGAAAAGCACAACGCCCAAACACAGUGCGAUGUGCAACUGGCCUCCAAAGCCACCCAGACUUCAGCAACGACUAAGAUGCAAAGCCUCGGUGUCCAAGCAGUUCAAACGAGUGCUGAAAUUGGUAUGUGUGUUUAUGGUGCAUUCUUUGUUAUGAGACAGCUGUAAGAUUUAAUUUAAGGUGUGUCACCACACUCGCCACUGACUCUUAUCGUGUAAAAAUUUUGUUCCCAGUAUGGUGGUUCAAUUCAAGUACUAACAUGUCCACAAAGUUCACUUCGCUAGUGUUUCAGUAUGCAGCUUACAAAGG